GUGAGGUGUGUCUAGAGACUUCAGUGAUCUAGGGUUUCAACCAUUAUAAAAGGAGCUUGGUGUAGAGUUGAAACAGUCAAAUAGCUAUUAUAUAGUCUUGGGCUCCUUGACUGUCAUUGGCUUUGCUGCUCAGUGCAACUGCUCCAUUGAUAUGGCUUGUAACUUCUACUGGCUGUCCUUUCUCCUGGCCUUUAUCUCUUUUACAAUGGAUGAAGUUACGCCAUUCCCCAAUCACAUCAUAUGCCUGUACAUUCCAGGGCUCAAUGAUGUACAGAGAGAUCUGUGCAUUCGGUAUCCAAAACUCGUCCCUAUCAUUAUUCAAGAGGUUCCACCGCUGUUUUACAGUGAGUGUAGAGAGCAAUUUAAAUAUGAAAGAUGGAACUGCAGUGAAACCAUUCCACCGAUUGCUGGAGACCUCUCAAAAGAUUUGAAAAGAUUAUCCAAGGAGACAGCCUUCACGUAUGCUUUGACCUCUGCUAUAAUGGUCCGUGUCAUAACAAAGGCAUGCUCAGAUGGACGCUUGCAAAACUGCUCGUGUGACACAAGUCGACAAGGACAGACCUCCCCUCAAGGCUGGCAGUGGGGAGGCUGCAGUGAUGACGUGGGAUUUGGGGUAAUGCUCACUAGAGCUUUCCUGGACACUCGUAACAAUGCGACCAACAAGACUGGGAAUGAGUUAGAGGCAUCACUUGUCAACCUUCACAAUAACGCAGUCGGAAGAACGGUUGUUUCGGAUAACAUGCAAGUGAAAUGUCGCUGUCAUGGUGCUUCAGGUUCCUGUGCAACGAGAACAUGCUACAGUCAACUCCCAACAGUGCGUGACAUUAGCACUGACAUGAAAAUAAAAUACAAUCACUCAGUCAAAGUUACAGCUCAUGUCAAUAGAGGUACAACUGUUUUAAGAUCCACGAGCAGCUCUAACACUGAAGCUGUCUCUCCACCAGUUGAUUCACUGGUGCAUGUCAAAAACUCUGUCAAGUACUGCAUUAGGCAGAAUGACUACACUGCAAACAGAAGCUGCAUACCACAGAACAUACUAACUCAAAUUGAGAGCAAUGAAGCAAAUCCUACUCAUUAUCCUGGCUAUCCACUACCAGCUUGUGAGUCACUCUGCUGCAGUGGAGAAUAUGAGACUGAGGAAUACACUGUUUCAACCACUUGCUACUGUCAUUUUGUAUGGUGCUGCAAGAUCUCAUGCGAGGAGUGUGAAAAGACACUGACGAGAUAUAAAUGCACUGGGUAAUGUGAUUUCAAGGCUCAAUCGUUUUCUCUUCUUUCUGUGUCAUCUCUUUCUGUUUGAUAUUACUGGAAUAAACUAUAUUGAAGUAGCUGUACAAUUUGUGUAGUAGGAGUAAAAUACAUUAUUAUUAUUAUUAUUAUUAUAUCAUUGGGCACUACUCUCAGCAGAGUAACAAACAAUAUACACACACACAUACUGUAUACAUUAUAUGAGAUGUAUUGUUCAAUCAAGUACAAGCACUUUAUUAUGUUGUUGUUUAUAAUUUGUGAUCAAUCAUUCAUUUUAUUUAAACAUUCUUCAUUUAAUAAACAAA